AUGCCACCGCGUAAAAGAAAGAACCCAGCCAAAAAGAAGGACAAAUCGGAACGAAAUGCAAAAGAUGUCGAGCCUUCUGAUGACGACAACGCAUUACAAACGCCGGAGCGAGACGAAGACACCGACUAUGGCUUAGAUUAUACCACAAGCCGCUUGGCUCAGUUAAACACAUCUCCUCGACGCUAUACGCUCCGAAGAACCCUGGAAAGCGGCCGUCGUCGUGAUAUGAGUUCAUCCGAAGACAACGAUGAUGCGGAGAACCAGCCACACGCAACCCCGCCAUUGCGACUUACAACAAAAAAGGUGUCUCGGCAGCCACCCGAAGCCCGUAUAAUAAACCUUUCAAAUGAGCGCAAUCUCGCAUAUGAACGGCAGGCAAUACCUACAAGAGCAGUUGCUCCAAGACGCAAACAACUUAAACCAGAAAAUCGUCUGCAGAAAGUCCACCGUGAGAUUGUGCGCUUGCAGCACAGCGAACUCUUCAUGAUACCGAGAUUGCCAUUUUCGCGAGUGGUGCGCGAAAUAAUGAUGGAACACACAAGGGCGCCCUUCUGUAUUACUAAAACUGCAUUGGAGGCCAUACAGACCGCAACAGAAAUGUACCUAACCCAACGCUUUCAAGAUGCUUUCAUGCUAACCCAGUAUCGUAGCCGCGUAACUUUAGAGGUACGCGACAUGGCACUUGUGGCAUAUUUCUGCAAAACAUACGGAAAUCUUUAA